AUGGAACUGUAUGAGUGUGAAGAUGCAGUGCAAGUGGCACUGCAACAACGUCGACCACAGCACAUUGUUCGUAUAAUCAACAAAUUCUUAGCCCAACAACAUACUGAAGGCAAGAGUACCGUAUCGACAAUUGAUUUUGUAUGUCUAGACUGUCGAAAUGAUGGACCUGAAGGCAAUGCUCGUGGUUUCUUUUCAGCACCACCACCUACAGUCGUUUUUUGUGCGAAUCGUCUGCAUUCAGCUAAGGAAGUAGAGGAGACUAUGGUACAUGAGCUUAUUCAUGCCUAUGAUUUUACGGUCCGAAAGAUGGAUAUUACAAAAUUGGAUAUUUUAGCCUGCAGUGAAAUUCGGUCUGCGCGUGAAUCCGAGUGUUAUCAGAAAGCCAAAUUAUUGGAAGCAGUACUGCCGAAUAUGGAAUUUUUUCAAAAAAGUGCACGGUGGUUCAAUGCACGUUGUGUUCGUGAACAUGCUGUCCGCUCUACAAGUUCCAUGUUUCCUGUAGGAGCACAUAAUGAAGUUGAUAGGAUGUUUGAUCAGUGCUAUACCGAUCACAGUCCUUUCACAAGAAAGUGA